AUGGCCUAUCGAAUUGGAGAUUCAGUCGAAAUUUACGGCAAGGAAGAAGGGUUCGAGGGUUCUUACUAUGUAGCCAAGGUUCUCUCAGUGAAAAAAAAGAAAGUUUUGGUGGAAUAUAAGACAUUGUUAACAGAUGAUGAAUCGUGUUGGCUGAGAGAAAUGGUCCAUUGCAAUCAAAUAAGGCCUCGUCCUCCUGAAAUCAGAGUCUCUGAGUUCCGUGUAGACGAUGAAGUAGAUGCUUAUGACAAUGAUGGGUGGUGGGUUGGGAAGAUUACAAGAAUAGAUGAAUCAAAGUAUUAUGCACAAUUUGAUGGCAAUGGAGGAGGAGGAGGAGGAGGAAGUGGAGUUGCAGGGCCGUUUUCUCAGGUGAGGGUUAUAGAUGAAUCUAAGUAUUAUGUGCAUUUCCCUUGUGGAGAUGAGAUUGGUUACUCCUUUUCUCAGUUAAGGGUUCAUCAGGAAUGGAAGGAUGGGAGAUGGGUUUCUUCCAGGUGA